CCACGCCCUCGGCCGCCAGGCCCGCCGGGGCCCCGUUGGACUCCCACGGCCUCGCCCCGCCGCCGCGCCCUGGGCACCCACCCGGAACGAGACGCCGAACAGGGGCCGCACGCGACUAGGGGCUGCCACUGCUGCGGGGUCCCCGUUCCCAGGGGCCAUCCCUUGUUUAUUCGUGGCCCCCUCUCCAUCCUGCCUUUCUUCCUGCACCCUCUGAGCAGCGCGGACGGAGAACCUCCUCUCUGCACCUUGUGGAAACUUUGCCAAGGCUGGAGGAAAGGAGGGGCGUCUGAGUGGAUUUCAAACUCAAGUGUCGUGAUACCACCUGAUCAGAAUUCCCCACCCUGCAGAAUCAGAAUUCUGCACCCUGAAGGUGGGCAGAGAACGAUAGCAGCACCUUGCUUUCUGGACCAUCUUCAGCCUUGACUUGUAGAACUGAAGAAAUGUGUCAUGGAAAAUCUUGCAUUUACCUGGUGAUCUGGGGCUGACUUGGGCCUGACGGAGUAAGAUGGUAGAAAGGAAGUUCUGACAUCUGAUUAAGAGAAGUGGCAUACAAGUUCUUACCUUCAGCUGAGCGGCCCCAGCCUGCAGUUGUACAAAUAGAUCCAGCCUCAAAUUCUUCCUUUGGCUCUGGAAGACACAUUGGGCCCACAAACUGGCCUGAAGAAAAGAGCAGGACAGGGUUUGUCUCAUCCACGGAGGAGAGGACAUCCUAAGCCACUCACCAUUUGACUGUUACCCUAAUAAUAUGAACAAUGCCUGUGAAUGAAGAGAAAGAAAGAAAAGUAUAAGAUAUAGCAGAGUCCAGAUGAAGAGGUUUGGGAGAAAAACAAGUGCAAUUUUUGUCUUAGGGGCUGAAAGUUUGGGAUGGCAUUUCCAAUUUUUGGAGCAAGCCAAUAGUGCAUAUGAUUAUUCUGAACACACAUUUUCUGGAACUCGAUGGAUGGACAUCUUGAGGGACUUGGAUCCUGGCCCACACUCAUGAGAUAUCUGGUUAUGAGGAAACUGAGUGGAGACCAUGGUCUAUGCUGCCUGACACAUUGUCAGAUAUUGGAUUUAAAUCUUUGUGCAAGUGGAAAGUGGCAGGUUGUUCGAGAAGAGUGGGGUGGAGAGAAGAUGUCCUGAUUCACACACCACAGUGGUGUUAGGCUAGAAGGGUUGCCAGGUCAUUCUUUUCAGCAUGUUUUCAAGGAGAGCCUAGAAAGCCCUGCCUGAUAAUCACCCUGCUUCUUUACCUGGCUGAACCCUCUAAUCCUUAUUCCUCAACUUGGGCAACACCUCAACUGAGAAGUCUUCCUUCGUUUCCUCAAGCUGUGGCAGUCCACGAUGUCAUCUAAGGAUUGGCUGAUUCCUUCUCAUCCCUUCAAGGUCUCUCAGUAUAAUGCAAGCCAGACUAUACACCUGCCCUCAGGAAAAGGAUCAAGUCAGAAAAACAUGUCAAAAUCAACUCGAUACUUUUUGGUCCAGUAAUUGGAUAAAUGGUGAUAGUAUUUACUGAAAAGAGAAUAUUGGUGCAGAGGCACAUUUGGGAUGAGGGUAGAAAAUCAAGAGCUGACCUUUCUAUAAUCACUUAGGUUAUUUACAGUUUAUGUUAUUACAAUCAGUAUUGCUGUAACAUCAUUUUACACAUUCUUGUUCACAUGGGGAAGACUUACUCUACAGUAUUUUAUACAGUAUAGGAGUAAAAUAGCUGAAUUCUAAGGUAAUCGAGUCUCCAAUUUUAAUAUAUUCAUGGAAUUUGAAAAGAAAAUUUGUGUGCACAAAGUAUUCUAGAAGUGAGGCAAAGUUACCAUUUAAAAAUUUUAAUUGUAGGGUUCUCUACAGGUAUCUUCAUUAAAUUAAGAUACCCCAUUAGUGUGGGGUAAUUUCAACCAUUUUAAUCUCUGGUUCUGAUUUCAAUAGCCACCAUUAAAUGAAUAGAUGGAAAACCACACAGCAGUGACAGAGUUCAUUAUUCUGGGAUUAACAGAUAAUCCCACUCUAUGUGCCAUCUUCUUUGUGAUUUUUCUGGGAGUUUAUGUAGUUACCAUAGUGGGAAAUAUCAGUAUAAUCAUCUUAAUCCGAAGCAGCCCACAGCUGCACACUCCAAUGUACCUUUUUCUCAGCCAUUUGGCCUUUGUGGACAUUGGGUAUUCCACAUCAGUCACACCAAUCAUGCUAAUGAGUUUUUUAAGAGAGAAAACAACUAUCCCUAUCACUGGUUGUAUAGCCCAGCUUGGCUCUGAUGUCACUUUUGGGACUACAGAAUGCUUCCUGCUGGCUACCAUGGCCUAUGAUCGCUAUGUGGCCAUCUGCUCUCCCUUACUCUACUCCACCCAGAUGUCCUCAGUGGUCUGCUUCCUCCUACUGGGGGCUUCCUACCUGGGUGGAUGCAUGAACGCUUCAUCAUUUACAGGCUGUCUGAUGAAUCUAUCUUUCUGUGGACCAAAUAAAAUCAACCAUUUUUUCUGUGACCUCUUUCCACUCUUGAAGCUUUCUUGUGGCCAUGUUUUUAUUGCUGAAAUAUCUCCCGCCAUCUCUUCUGCAUCCGUCCUCAUAAGCACACUGUUUACCAUAAUUGUGUCCUACAGCUACAUCCUCCACUCAAUUCUGAAUAUGCGCUCUACUGAGGGGAGGAAGAAGGCCUUCUCAACCUGCACUUCCCACCUCACUGCCGUCACUUUGUUUUAUGGGACAGUUUUGUUCGUUUAUGUGAUGCCCAAGUCCAGUUAUUCAGCUGAUCAGGUCAAAGUGGCCUCUGUCAUCUAUACAGUGGUGGUCCCCAUGUUGAAUCCCCUCAUCUACAGUCUGAGGAACAAGGAGGUGAAAGGAGCCAUGAGAAAACUAAUGGCCAGAACACACUGGUUUUCCUGAAUCAGAUCAGAUAUAAAUCCAUAAAUAACAAAGCAAUGAUUUGGGGAAACAUUUGUGCUGGAUACUUUAAUGAUAUUUAUCAUUAACUUCAUCACUUUGAUAGUGAAGAACUCCUAUAAAUGUAAAAAGCCAAUGUUUACUUCCAUAUAGAAAGUUAAAUGUAUCAUUUAAUGUGGAAAUCUGUUUCAUUCAAAUUAAAUAUGAACUUUUCAAGGUAAGAAUACCUGCUUGCAAAAUAGUUUCAUUCAUCAGUUGUGAGUCCUAUAUUAAAUACAGAGAGAGCUAUUUCCACCAAAGAUCAAAUUUAAUUGAAUUCCAUCUAGUUAAAUAACAUUUGGGAAAAAAAUUUGUCCCCAACAGAUCUGUAAUAAAAGAUAAUAUUGACAAGUCAGGACGUUCAGGCCACUUCCUUUAAAGGUACUGCCCUGCUUUUGUCAAUGUAUAUUUAAACAUUUGGGAACAUUGAUGUUCAUGUCUCCAGAAAGCCUCUAUGUCCACUUUAUUGAAGCGAGAGCAAAGAUCAUGAUUCCUCUGCUUGGUCAUUAAGCGAUCCAACCCAGAUAACACAGAAGAGACCUUGUAUACACCUGUGCUGACUCUUUUUACAAUGUAAGUCUUACCAGAUGAGUCUAGGGUAAGAUUUCAGAAGCUGAGGUUUCUUUGGAGGGGGAGACUGGGACAUUGGGACUUUGUUUCAGCAAUAAUUUAUAGGUAGGAGGCACGAAAUUAUGGGUCAGGCAAAUAAUACGUUUGCCACACAUUUUGUAAUGUCUCUCAAGGAGGCGUCCACUGUCCCUGCUUCUUCCACUGACCUUUUGGCGUUUAUGAUCCCGUCUGGUUAUGGCAGUUGCCUCUAAAUUGAUUCCCUGCCUCCUGUAUGCCUUUCACAAUGAUUUAUGAUUAAUAUUUUAGCUAAUAUAUUUUGUUAGCAUAUGAAUGAUGUCAGACAAAUUCUGAGACACUUUGGAGGGACCACUUUGCGAGCUGAGCUGGUAAAGCGCCAAAGUCAGCACGGACACAGCCCUUUGCAAAGAGAGGGCUCCCAAAGGUAUGACUUCAGUCUUGGAAAAGGGCAUGUUCGAGUCAUGGUGGGAGAUCUGCACUGUGGUGGUUGAAGUUUUUCGCUGAGUGUUUCUGGAAGUCUUUGUCUUCAUCUUUCCUCCUAUACUUUGCUUUUCACCAGGAUUCAUCUUCAGCCCUCUUCCCUCUCCUCCUCCCCAUGAUCCCCAUAGGUAAUCUUAUCUUCUCCCAUGAGCUCAGCUGCCACUGGUGUGGUGACAGAGUCCCUACACACCUUCUCUGAAGGACAGAUGAACUUCUUCACUGGCCUUUCCCCCCAAGACUCUCAAACUCAGUGUGCCCUGACUGUAUUUAUCGUAUUUCUCACAAAAUUAUUCCUUUUCCUCUGGUUCUUUCCCAAUUAGUGGCAACUCUUUGUAAGGCCUAGUACUGCAAGAGAUUUGGGGCAACUCUCACUGCACACCCAUCAAAAUAGUCUGCCUCCCUCCACCCCAUUCCUUCUGUCAGAUGGAAGACAUGUUGCAUACUGGUGUCUCCCAUAUCUAAGUCUCUUCUGUCUAGGCACGUAAAGACUCCCCAGUUGAUUGUGGUAAGUCCAUACUGAGAUUUUUUCCUUCAUAUUUCCCUUGAAGGGAUUCAAUAAUCCAAUCACCCAGAUGUAGGGUGUGUGGCACUGUUACAACUUUUAGUGGAGAGGAUAGGCAUCGACACUUAUCUUUUCCCUCCCAAGUUCUCAAUCAACUGAGGAGAUGACAAAAAGAGAAGGCAUAUGGGAGAGCAAAAAUAUUAACCUAUACCAAUGAAGGAGCUGAUAUUAGAGUAUGUGACACAUAUUUGUGGACACGUGCUUUCAUGUUCUGAAUCCCAGAAUCUGACACUCUCCUUCCCUGUCCCUGGUCUCUGCAGUGAGAGUAGGCCUGUCUCCAUCCAUUUAUAGCAUGGCCAAGAGCAGCUCAGAGCACUGAGGGCAGACUCACUCCCAAGAGAAAGGGGAAGGGAUUUCUGUUAUAGGUUGAAGUGUGUCCCUCAAAAAUUCAUCCUAACCACCAGUAUCUCAGAAUGUGUUCUUACCUGGGAAUAUGGUUGUUACAGGUGUAAUUAGUUAAGAUGAAGUCAUAUUGGAGGAGGCUGGGCUUCUAAUCCAAUAUUACUGGUAUCCUUAUUUAUUUUUUUUUUUUAAAAGAAGAAUUUGGAUACAGACAGCACACAGGGGGAACCUCAUAUGAAAAUAAAAACAGAGAAGUGGGUUAUGCUUCUACAAGCCAAGGAUCACCAAAGAUUGCCCACAAACCAUCAGAAGCUAAGUGAGAGAGAUGCAAGGAAUCCCACAGUCCUCAAAAAGAAGCAACCCUGCUGACACCUUGAUCUUGGACUCCUGAACUGUGAAAGAAACAAUUUUUGUUGUUUAAGCCACUCAGUUUAUGGUACUUUGUUAAGGUACCGAGCUUAUAUUACUAUAUAUCUAGUUUUCCCCUCCAAACUUAACAUCAGCUAAUUUAUUACUUCUAGGGAAGGAAGGAGUGAAGGCUAAGAAAGGUGUGUUAUGGGGGUACCUGGGUGGCUCAGUUGGUUAAGUGUCUGACUUUGGCUCAGGCUAUAAUCUCACGGUUUGUGAGUUUGAGCCCCACAUCAGGCUCUGUGCUAACAGCUGAGAGCCUGAAGUCUGCUUUGGAUUCUGUGUCUCCUUUUCUCUCUCUGCCCCUCCUCCACUUGUGCUCUCUGUCUCUCUUUCUCUCUCUCAAAAAUAAAUAAACGUUAAAAAAAAUUUUUUUAAGUGUGUUAUGCUAGUAGAUAUCUCUUCCAAAGGGGGAUAGAGAAUAUUAGGAAUGGUCAAAAGCAUUUUCCCCAAACAGCACAUCAAAAAAUAAGGAUCAAGGAUAUCUCUGUGGCGGGACACCUGAGUGGCUCAGUCAGUUAAGCACCCAACUUCAGCCCAGGUCAUGAUCUUGCAGUUCAUGAGUUCGAACCCUGCAUCAGGCUCUGUGCUGACAGCUCGAAGCCUGGAGCCUGCUUCUGAUUCUGUGUCUCCUUCUCUCUCUGCCCCUGCCCUGCUCGUGCACUCUCUCUCUCUCUCAAAAAUAAAAACAAACAUUACAAAAAUAAUAAUUAAAAAAAAGAAUAUCCCUGUGGGAAUAAUCAAAAACUCCUUUUGUAAGAAUUUUAUUUUUUGAAGUUUCCUGAUUACUAUGGAUUGUAGACUGGGAACAAUCAAAAACUCCUUUUGUAAAAAAAUGUUUUUGGAAGCUUCUUGAUUACUAUAGAUUGUAGUUUGCUACUUAGAAGGCAGAAAUAUGAACUGGGCGGGGCGCCUGGCUGGCUCAUUUGGAAGAGCAUGGGACUCUUGAUCUUGGGGUUGUGAGUUGGAGCAUGUUGUGUGUAGAGAUCACUUAAAAAUAAUAUCUUAAAAAAAAAAAGAAGUAUGACCUGGGAAACAAUUUUAAAGAUCCAAAACUGUUGUAUUGUUAAAAUAUUCUUAGUCUAUAUAAACUUCAGGAAAUUUUUCUUCUGCAGUAGAUUGGGAUUUAGCAAGUCAGUGACAUUCCUGCCAUUCUGUGAACCUUACCUGUAGUGGAGUAUUGGAGAAAAUUGAAGGCAAAGGGGAAGAGAAGAGAUCAUUUCUUGGGGGUAAGGAAAUCAUCAUGUACUGUGAUUGGGGUGGUGGUUAUACAAGUGUUUACAUCUGUCAGAAGUCAUCAACCUGUAGAUUUAAAUCGUGUGUAUGUAAAUUAUACUUCAAUAAAGUUGCUAUUUUGGA